AGAUUCUGGGGUUCAGCAAUGAACAAAAUACUGUUCCUGCCCUCUGUAACUGUAUUCUAAUGGGAACAGGUAGACACUAACAAAGCUGGAUUCCAACCAGGGUCAUCAAAUUCCAAGAGCACACUAAAGUCAUCGUCCUGGGGACAGAGGGGUCUGGCAUCCUUCCUUUUCUUCUGGUGCUCACUUCCACCAUGCCUGGGGUCUGCAAGUGUUCCUGGUGAAUGGAAAAUCUGCUCAGCUCCAGCACUUCACUAACCAUCGAGGAUCCAUCACAGCCAAAAUGAAUCCCAGGGAAGAAAAAGUAAAAAUAAUUACAGAGGAAUUCAUUGAAAAUGAUGAGGAUGCAGAUGUGGGAAGGCGGAGGAGGGAGAACUUGAAGUCUCGAAGACAACAAAGAAAGAAACAGCUGCUGACUUCUGGCCCUGAGGAAAUGGUGACGGAAAAAUCCCACCUUGGCAACCAGCCGGAGCCUGGGCAGGAAGAGCCCGAGACUCACCUCCUGAGUAAGACAGCCCGGCGGGGUGCUCGGA